AUGAGCGACGCGAAACGGCGGCGCGUCGCGGCCGCGUCCGGCGCGGGCGGCAGCAACGGCGACAGCGACGGCGCGCGCGAUGAGCACUCUGUGGGCGGCUCCUUCAAGGUGCCCGGCCUCGUCGCGACGGACCACGUUAUCAGGGUGCCCCUGGACUACUCGGGCAGGGUGCCCGGGGAGAUCAGCAUAUUCGUGCGGGAGCUGGUCUCUCCAAGCAACACGCGGCGGUCGCUGCCGGCGAUCCUCUACCUGCAGGGCGGCCCCGGCUUUGAGAGCCCGCGCCCCUGCGAGGCGAGCGGCUGGAUAAAGUCGGCCUCCAACAACUUCCGCGUGCUGCUGAUGGACCCGCGCGGCACCGGGCUCAGCAGCCAGGUCACCGUCAGGAAUCUGGCCAAGGUCGGCGGCCCCAAGGAGCAGGCCCGCUACCUCUCAUUCUUCAGGGCCGACAGCAUCGUGCGUGAUGCGGAGCGCGUGCGCCUCGCGCUGGUGCCAAAGUCCAGCAACGACGGCCGCUGGACGAUCCUGGGGCAGUCCUUUGGCGGCUUCUGCGCGCUCACGUACCUCUCCAUCGCGCCCCACGGCCUGACGGACGCCCUGCUGACGGGCGGCGUGCCGCCGGCCAUUGCGGAGCCCUGCCCCGCGGAGCGCACCUACAGGGCCCUGUACAAGCGCGUGCUGCUCCAGAACGCGCGGUACUACCACCGCUUCCCCGGUGACGUGCCCCUGGUGCACCGCAUCGUGCGCUACCUGGCGGCACAGCCCGGCGGCGGCCCCCUGCUGCCCGGCGGCACGCGCCUCACGCCGCGCACGCUGCAGCUGCUGGGCCUCUCGGGCCUCGGCUCCUCGGCGGUCAUCGGUCGUCUUUUGAGGUAG